CCCAGCCCUCGGCUCCUCCAGCACGGACUUUGGGCCUUUUCUUGUGUCCUGUUUGUUAAAGGCAUGCCGGCUACAGCAUUCAAGAGGGCCAGUCCUUAACAAAGGGAAAGAGAUAAAUGUAAAUAAGCUCACAUUUUCAGAAUGAGCGGUUUGCAGUAAAAAGCUGCGGCAGCCCAGAGUCUGCUCCUUUGGGCUGGGCUAACCUUUCCCUGUUUAAAAAAAAUGGAUAAAAAUAUGCGCUUCCAAAGUGCGAGUUGCCCGUUUCCAUGUUUAUUAGCUAAAUAUCUACAGGCAUGAGCACACUCUCUCAUCUAGCACACUUUUUUUUGGGGAGGAAAACAUUUCCUACUGGUCUCUAAUCUCAGAGUGGUGAACCCCUGCAGCUAUCAGGCUUUCGGAAAAAAAAAAAAUCCAUGGGUGACAGAAGAUUUAUUGACUUUCAGUUCCAAGAUUUAAAUUCAAGUUUCAGACCCAGGUUGGGCAAUGCUACUGCCAAUAAUACUUGUAUUGUUGAUGAUUCCUUCAAGUACAAUCUGAAUGGUGCUGUCUAUAGUGUUGUGUUCAUCCUGGGUUUAAUAACCAACAGUGCCUCCUUGUUUGUCUUCUGCUUCCGCAUGAAAAUGAGAAGUGAGACUGCUAUUUUCAUCACCAAUCUAGCCCUCUCCGAUUUGCUUUUUGUCUGUACCCUACCUUUCAAGAUAUUUUACAACUUCAACCGCCACUGGCCUUUUGGUGAUACCCUCUGCAAGAUCUCCGGAACUGCAUUUCUCACCAAUAUAUAUGGGAGCAUGCUCUUCCUAACCUGCAUUAGUGUGGAUCGUUUCCUGGCCAUUGUCUAUCCCUUCCGAUCUCGUACCAUUAGGACCAGGAGGAAUUCUGCCAUCGUCUGUGCUGGAGUCUGGAUCCUAGUUCUCAGUGGUGGUAUUUCAGCCUCUUUGUUCUCCACCACUAAUGUCAACAAUGCGACCACCACUUGCUUUGAGGGCUUCUCCAAACGUGUCUGGAAGACUUACUUGUCCAAGAUCACCAUAUUCAUUGAAAUUGUUGGGUUCAUCAUUCCUCUGAUAUUGAAUGUCUCUUGCUCUUCUGUGGUGCUGAGAACCCUUCGCAAGCCUGCAACACUGUCUCAAAUUGGGACCAAUAAGAGAAAAGUCCUGAAGAUGAUCACAGUGCAUAUGGCAGUUUUUGUGGUAUGCUUUGUACCCUACAACUCUGUUCUCUUUUUGUAUGCCUUGGUACGCUCUCAGGCCAUUACUAAUUGCUUAUUGGAAAGAUUUGCAAAGAUCAUGUACCCAAUCACCUUGUGCCUUGCAACUCUGAAUUGUUGCUUUGAUCCUUUCAUCUAUUACUUCACUCUUGAAUCUUUUCAGAAAUCCUUCUAUAUCAAUACACACAUUAGGAUGGAGUCCUUGUUUAAGACUGAAACACCUUUGACCCCAAAGCCAUCCCUUCCAGCAAUUCAAGAGGAAGUUAGUGAUCAAACAACAAACAAUGGUGGUGAAUUAAUGAUAGAAUCCACUUUCUAGGUACGAGAAUUGUCUUUCAGGUCCAGUUAUGGUUUCUUCCAUGAUUUUUCCUAUGCUAUAAAUAAGAGAAAUAAUUGAAGCUAAUGAAGCUGAGAAUAGAUUAAUGUACCAAAUACAGUCAGAUACAUUUGUUUGAACAUUUAUUGUACAUAUUCUGUUUUGUUCAGUAAUUAUAGGUCAAGUCUAAUUACAACAACCAAAACAGAUUGCCACACUCUUUUGCUGAGUAACACAUUACAUAAAUGGCCAAUGGGCUUGACUUUUAGUGAUGUGGAGAUUAUUUUAAAAUUAAAAAAAGAGCCUUCCAAUGAUUUUGGUAAUUGGGUUGGGCCUAUAAAUAUAGAACAAAUUCAGGGAUUAUUUAAAAAUGUUUGUGUUACUACUGAUAUAUUCUAGUUUUUUUCCUGUUUCAAAUUAUCAUUGGAUUUAUUUUAGUAUAAGAACAUAUUUUUAACCUAGCACUGUUAAUAAGAAAUGUGUUGCAAAAAAAGUAAUAUGUUGCGUUUUAAAGGGUUGGUAAAAUUUAUCUGAAUUUUGAAAAUAGAAGAGUUUGAAUGAAUAUGGGUGGAAAAUUGGAAAAUAAAUAGCAUUUAUACAUUUUUAACCACCAUUAAUGCCAGCUUUUAAAACUUUCUUUUAAAAAUUACACUAGACUUUUCAUAUGAAGUCACUAAGCCAGAAAGCUGCUAUGUAUGUGCCUGGUAGGUGCAAAAUGGAAAAAAAAAGAUCACAUAAAAUUGUAAUGUCAAUAAAAAUCUUAAGCAACACUACAUUAUUACUUAAAACUUCCAUUUAUCCUUUAUGGGGGUGGGGACUGGCUUGUAUCAAAUAUUUAUUCUUUAUACUAUGCGUUGGGACACAGUGCAGUCUGGGACCUGCAGCAUUAGUGUCCAGGUCAGGAGCAAGUGGAAAAGAGAAAUGAACAAAAUAAUAGCAGCAAAAUAACUGAAAGCUUGUAUUAAUAAUUUCAGGGUGCUGGAGAGUUGUAACUUUAGAAUACUUACUCUUUUCUAUUAAAUUUUGGAGCACAGUGUAGCCAAGGCACUACUGAAUUUGUGCCCAGGUCGGGAGUGUACUGAAAAAAAAACCAUAUUCAAACAAAGAAACAACAACAACAACAAAAAAAUUACAAAAAGAAAAAAAUACCAACAAGCAAAAAUAAUUCCCAACACCUGCAUUGCUGUUUUGUUUUGCAAGGUUUAUAAAUUUAAAAAUACUAUACCAUUUUAAUGAAAAUUUUAGCACAAUUCAAUUAGAAAUGUGCUAAAUUUGUGCCCAGGUUAGGAUUGAAUUAGAGAAAAAGAUACGAACUCCAAAACAAACCCUACAAAGCAAAUAAAGCAAGCACUUCCCAAAUUUUGAGCUUAUAAAUAUACAUCUAUGACAUUUAACAAGUGCCCCAAGUUCAGAAUACAUCUAGGAAACUGCUAAACUUGCUCCAUUUGUGAGAGAUAAAAACAGUAUUUUAAAAUUUAUCAAAGAAUAAGAAAUACCAGAAAGGAAAAGAAAUCCUUAAAAUUUUAAUUUUUCUGGAUGUACAGUAGAUUUAAGAGUAUUAAAACUUUUGAGCUCGGGGGCUGGAGAGAUGACUCAGGGGUUAAGAGCACUGUCUGCUCUUACAGAGGACAGGGUUCGAAUCCCAGCACCUACUGCGGGGCUAACAAUCGCCUGCAACUCUAGUUUCAGGGAAUCUGACACCCUCUUCUGACUUCCACGAGCACUGCACAACAUGGGUGCACUUAGGUACAUGCAGACAGUAUGUUUGUACACGUAAAAUAAAAAUAAUACAUAAAAAAUAUUAAAAAAAACCUUUUGCGCUCAGUGUACCUUGAAAGAUGCUCCAUAUUUGUGCUUGAGUUAUAUUCAAUGAAAAUAAUGCCCAGCAUAUACUAGGAUAAUAAGAAUAAAACAUUUAAACAUAUUGCAAACAAAAAUAUUUUGAAUGUGCUUCAAUGAGUUUAAAAUUAUGCAGAAAAAUGGCAAUAAUUUAAAGUAAAGCACCUAGAAAUAAUGCAUCUUGUAAACUACUGAACUUAUGCCAGAGAGUGGUUAAAA